AUGUGCUCACAUAGCACUCGCUGGAUUGUGGUGUGCCUUCUGUUACGCAGCUGGCCGCCAAUAAACGGGUUUAGCCAGCGCGAUGCUCCCACCGCCGUGGAGCUGGAGGUGCGAGUUGUCAGUGUGCAGAUGCUGGAACCUAGCUUGUCGUUCGGACUGAUGUGGAUGGGCGCGGCUAUGCACUUAGCCGUGCAACGUGCCAACGAGAAAUACGCUCUACGGGGACUGCGCUUCGUGCUACGACCCGUAAAAGACAUGUACAGCCAAACCUGCUCGAUGGUGAACGCUAACGGAAUCCCACUUCUUACCGGUUUCUAUUAUCGGAACAAUCUGGACCAAUACACACCGCACAUCUGCAACAUCUACUUCACCAACACGUGUGUGGACUACGUGCAGCAGCUGUAUUUGUCCAAAGAAUGGAAUGCCUUGUUUCUCAUUAAUGGCAUGGGACCGCAACUCUCCCUUCCCCUCUUGUUGCCGCCCCCGCACAUGCUUAGCCUGGCGGGAAGCGCAGAGGGGCUGACGCGAACUUUGUGGAACGUCUUGAACUUUUUUGGCUGGUCGCACGUGACCUUCUUCUUGGAUACACGCGCCACCACCAACCUCUACUCCGCCAUUUGCGACGCCGCCAAGGUUUUGGCGCUCCAGGAUAGCCGCACCAGUAGUAGCACCAUCGCCACCUAUCCUUUUCAGGGCAACGACAACGCGUCUAUUGCACAUAUCUUGUUGCGCGCAAAAGCGAACAGCCGGGUCUUCAUCCUAGGAGCAUCGGCAUCCGUAGCCUACUUGAUAAUGAUGUUAAACCUCACUUGGAACCUGAUAUACGUGAUUCUCCAUGAAUCUGACAACACCGACUACGAGCGUCACCUGAACGGUGAACUUCGUCAGUUGGCCCAUGAUCUGUAUAACAUAACAUACGAGCCAGGAGUCCAGCCACUGAGCAAUUACGCAACGCGCAGCGUCUACAGGUCUUUUGAGCUGAUCAGCGGCGUCCUGGCCGACCAUCUGGAUGAAUACCGCAAUCUGACACCGGCGCAGCGCGCAGUCUUCUGCUCUGGCGACCACCUGGCUUCGCUCUUCAACAACCAUACCUUCAAGCUGCCAGAUGCCGAUGUCCGGGUCGACGGCAGUGGGAUGUCCAGCAUGGACGUGGACAUAUGGAUGUUCAAUCCGCAGACAAGAAAUAUGAGCAUAUUUGCUGUGUACCGUUCCGUCAGCGGCGCCUUCGAGCUGAGAAAUACGUCGGUGCUGGUCUGGCCGACCGGCAGUCUACCCUUAGACGUUCCACUUUGCGGCUUUAGUGGAGAUGAAGGGCCUUGUGGCAUGGCGAUGAUGCUUUUGACCGCAUCCUGUGCGGCUCUCAUUGGUGUACGAAAACGAGCGCGGCGUAACGGCUACUGGUGGCUGAUUAGCGCAAACGAGCUGGACGCCCGACUGUUUCUGGGCGGUGCUGAAGUAACCAAUCCGGUGUUAUGGAGAAGACGCACAGUUUGGCUGACGACGGUGGAUAUCCAAGGCCGGCCAAAUCCGCACUUGCUGGCGCAGAUCGUGCCUGAUGCAACGCAUCCUAACGUCAAUGCUCUCCUGGGAAUUGCUAUCCUGCCGCAUAGAGUCUUCCUUCUCGCGGGAUACUGCAAGCGCGGCUCUCUGUUGACGUUGCUGGAACUGACAAAACUAGAUGAGGACUUCCAGCUGGCGAUGGCACGCGAUCUGGCACAGGGUCUGAGUUACCUGCACGGCACAAUCGGGCGACCGCAUGGUGGUCUCAGCGCGGACUGCUGCCUCAUCGACGAUCGCUUUACACUGCGCAUCGGCCAGUUCGGCUUCGCCACCAUUCGUCAUGCUCUCUUAUCGACCAAAGACGUGAACGCCAUUGAUUGCACCGAUACCUUGACAUUAUCGGCUGAUGUUCCCGCUGUUGGCCAGAUCUUCUUGUUGAUCAUACACCAGUCCACCAACAAGAUACCGUCCACACUGGCGGAAACGCUAGCAGAGGAUGAAGACGUCUGCGACGCGAUGGAUUGUGAUAUCAAACGGAGAUUAGCGGUUUUAGCCAGCCGAUGUCAUCACUCCAACACCAUCCUGCGCCCUACCGCCAAGCAGCUGAAGACCGCCAUCGGGCGGUUGCAUGUGUCUGGUCAGCCGGUAUCCCGCAAUAUCGUCGAUAGCAUCAUUCGCCGCUUCGAAACGUACACGCUGACCUUGAACGAUGCGGUGCGGUUGAAGACCGAGGAACUGCAGAGCGAGCGGAAGAAAUGCGACGAUCUUCUCAGGGAACUGCUUCCAAGGUCUGUGGUAGAUCAGCUGCGAAACGGAGAAGCGAUGGUGGCGGAGUAUUUCUCCAGCGUCAGCAUUUGCUUUUUCGACCUCGACGAUUUCGUCAACUGGGUCAGCUGCGUUCCCCCAGAGCUGGUUAUCGACACUGUAACGUCAGUAUUCAGCGCCUUUGACGGCGCCAUCGUGGCGAUGAAUGUGUACAAGGUGGAGACGGUGCGCGACAGCUACAUGACGGCGACCGGCAUUCCGCAUCGGGGUGACAAUCAGCACGCCGUGGAGAUUUGUCGGAUGGCAAUUAAACUGAUGAAAGUGUUUGACGAUAGCUCUUCGGAUGUAGUCGCGUUGCGAUUGCGGUGCGGCAUCCACUCAGGUGCCUGUGCAGCCGGGGUGAUUGGUAUACGUGUACCUCGCUACUGCUUGUUUGGGGAUACGGUGAACGUUGCGGCCCGCAUGAACAGCCACGGCCAAGGCGGUCGUAUCCACCUCAGCCAAGCUAGCCACAACCUUAUCGCUGACAGCAACCACGGCCACCGCUUCACGCUGCAGGAGCGGGGACUGCUGUCAGUUAAGGGCAAAGGCGACAUGCGCACCUUCUGGCUCCUGCCCUAACCGCCACUACCAUCCCAGGCGCGACAGUUCCACCUUACGAAUGAACGGC